CACGCGGACCCGGAAAUGCUCCUGUUUCCGCGGGUCUUUUGGGACAACAACACAGGUCCGUGCAGCAGUGUACAGAAAUGGCGGAAGUAAAUGCCAUGGAGAAGAAACUGGCUGAGUACAAGUGUGAUACCAAUGAAGCAAUCUGCUUGAAGCUGGUUCGUUUUCCCGAGGACGUUGAUGAUGAUAGCACCACAUUCCACCCAGAGUACAGUCACCAAAUAUUUGGAGACGAUGAGGUUGCUUUUGGAUACAAAGGUCUUCAGAUCCAGCUCUUCUACACCGCUGGAAACCUGAGCACCCUCUUCAAAGUGAAAUAUUCCUCAAAAGUGACUGAGACGUUUGAUUGUGUGGAGCCUGAUGAUAUUGACGGAAAGAUCAGGGAAAUAGUUCCUGCUGGUUUCACCAACAACACCGACGACUUCAUCUCGCAACUGGAGAAGGAAGCCAAUUUCAAGCCCUUCGGCACUCUUCUUCACUCCUACACGGUUCACAAUGAGGAGGCAGGAGAGCUCACCUACCAGAUUCACAAGGCUGACAUCACCUGCCCGGGAUUCCAAGAGUACCACGAGCGCCUGCAGACCUUCCUCAUGUGGUUCAUCGAGACAGCCAGCUUCAUCGACACAGAUGACGAUCGUUGGGACUUCUUUCUUGUAUUUGAAAAGUACAAUAAAGAUGGGGAGACUCUCUACGCAACUGUUGGCUACAUGACAGUUUAUAAUUACUACGUAUACCCAGACAAAACCCGACCACGUGUAAGCCAAAUGCUGAUCCUGCCUCCGUUCCAAGGAGAGGGUCAUGGAGCUCAGCUUCUGGAGGCAGUGCACAGAUUUUAUUGCAGUCUGCCUAAAGUGCAAGACAUUACAGCUGAAGACCCCUCUGAGAACUAUGUGAAGCUGAGAGAUUUUGUGCUGGUGAAGCUUUGCCAAGGCCUGUCGUCCUUCGCUGCAGACAAGCUGCACCUCGGCUUCUCAGCUGACAUGAUCCAAGAGGCACAAGACAAGCUGAAAAUUAACAAGAAACAUGCAAGGCGAGUGUAUGAAAUCUUGCGUCUAAGAGCAACAGACAUGAGUGAUGAAGAAAAAGCAAGAGAGUACCGAUUAGAAGUGAAGAGGAGGCUCUUUGGACCGUACAGAAAAAACCAAAGGGAGCUGGCAAAGAUGAGGAAAUGUCUUCGACCGGAGGAACUGGUGUCCCACAUGGGUCAGAUGGACACUCAGACACAGCACGAGGAGCUGGAGAAAAGUUAUCAGGUUGCUGUGGAAGACUACAGGAAAAUCAUUGAGAGGCUAGCAUCACAGGCCUGAUCUGACUGAAAGAUACCGCUGGCCUGGAGCCCGCCCACUCAACAUACAGGUGCUCUACCCAGUCUACCCACAUUUCUACAGACUUGUUGCUGCAGCCAAGAAGAUGCUGAAGAAAGAUAUAGAUUCGUAACAGCUGGUGAUGGGCCUUUCUGUCUCCCAGCUGAACUCAGUGUUAGAGGAUGUGAAUAGUUCAGCUGGAGGGUGUGACUUCCUGUUUGUCCCAUGUGUUUUAUCACACUGUGUGAGAUGAAAUUAGGUAUAGUAUUUCACAAGUCAUUCACGGGUCUUCAGUCCUUCAGGAAAAAAAACCCUGCUUCUUCUCCAUCAUAGGCAUUUUUUUAAGAUCUUUUGUCAACAGUUUGGUGUGCUCUCAAACACGUCAUACUGAAAUAAAAUAGUGGUUUUGUAUAUUGUUCAAAUGGAUUGAUUCUUAUUAAGAAAAACAAUAAAACUGAGAAACUGU